AUGGCUCCCCAAGUCAUUCGCUUGCCAGAUGGACAGACCUUUACUGUCACACCGGUCUUUGCAGGUCUCGGCUUCAAGAGCCAUGAGUUAAAUACGCAUCAUAAUGCGUUUCCUGUGGGGUGGACUGUUGUGUUGAACACGGAGAGCGAUUCUGGAUCUGAUGAUGAUGACGAGAAGCAAGAUGUUGAGAAUAGGGAGAAUGGUGUUGCGCUGGAUGGGAAAGCGAAGCGUCAUGUUCACUCUUUCGCUAAACCGACGCUGCAGGGCGAUAACCUCUUCAUCUCGUCCAUCGCGAACCCCUCGAGCUCCGAGUUCAAACCCGCUGCGAGCCCUACACGACAGAUUGCCAUGAUGCUUUGGAUUACACUAUAUUGGUACUUUCACCAACCUGAACCUGCCCCGCAAGUCCCUGCUCAGGCAGCUGAGAAGACGCCCGAAGCUGCUAAACCUCGUGGUGAAUGGAGGAUUAACAUCAAGCGUGAUGGAGUGCUCCGAGGUCGGAAUCUGAUCCCCAAGCUUGAGCGCAUGGGACUUAUAACGUCGGGGAGUAGUGCGGUUGGAACGAGUUUAGAUGAUAAUGGGGAGGAUUGGUCUAAUAUGUUUGUGUCGAGACGUAUGUUUUGGCAACUCCCUGGACGGCUUUUCCUCUUUUCUUUACAGCCCAACAAAGUUGGUGCGAAUUACGAUUCGGUUCCUGGAUCACCUAUUGGCAGUCGACCGAAUUCGCCUUUACCGAUGGAACCACCAUCGCCGUUCCAUAAGACUUUCCAGAGACAUUCGCCGCAUUCAUCUCUGAAUCGACUAGAUCAUGAUCUUCCUGGUGGGCCAACUCCAACAUCGAUGGCAAACCCGCCAAGCUUCCCCAUUGGACCUUUCUUUUCGAGCUCUCAUCUUCCGACUUACUACCCGCCUCCUCCUCUUCAGUACAUUUUUACGAAUAAUAUCCGUCAUCCGAUGAGGCCAAAGCCACCAAGGAUGGGCGAGGUUUUCUACACGAGAUUUGUCCCGAGUGUCAAUCAGUAUCUUUCAUUCCGAGUUGCUUCGAUUUCACCUAAUCCUGUACCCUAUCUUGGACCCGUUGGACCAAAACCACCUGAACAGUCCCAUCUUUCGACUAUGAAUGAUGCGGCUUUGUUGGAGAUGUGGAUGAAGAAGCCUCGAGUGAGCGCCUUCUGGGGCGAGUAUGAUGAACAAUUCCUCACCAAAUCAUUGAACCAAGCCAACUCCUUCCCCGUUAUUGGACAAUGGGACGGCGUACCGUUUGGAUACUUUGAGAUUUACUGGGUCAAAGAAGAUAUUCUAGGUCAGCAUCUCGGCAACGAUGCGGCAGAUUGGGAUAGAGGUCUUCACGUGUUCAUCGGAGAAGAGUGGGCAAGAGGACGAGUUCCAAUCUGGUUGACGGGAUUGGUACAUUGGUGCUUGACAUCGGAGUACCGAACAAUGAGUAUAUGCCUUGAGCCGAGAGUGGACAAUGCGAGGUUUUUGCAGGGGCUUGAGUUUACUGGGUUUUCGCGUGAGAAGCAGAUUUCGUUCCCGCAUAAACAAUCUUGGCUUGUGAGAUUGCGUCAUUUCAACACUUACAAAGCCAAAAUGUGUCAACAAGGUAGUACUCCUCAAUCACCCACCGCCAUGGCAAUGACUGACGAGAACAAAUCGUUCAUCCGCCAAUCCUUCCUCCGGGGCCAUCUCGCACCAGCCUUCAACCCCCCCUCACGCACCUGUCCCCGCUGCCACGCCUCCUUCACCGGCUCCAAAUCAAUGUGUCUCCGCUGUCUCAAAGACAUAUAUUUCGAACAAGCUACCGACAAACGCGACCGAGAAACUGAUACUUUUCUCUCUGAUUGCGAAACCUGUAAGCGAACUACUCUUCACCUCGGUCCCGGGUGGUGUGUUACCUGCUAUGCAGUCUCAGAGAGUGUUUAUCCACUGUUUUGUGAGGAGUGUACGAUUAUGAUGGAUGUGCCGAUUGCCGUUAGGGAUGAUCAGGGGGGAGUUGUGGAUAUGCUCAAGAAGUCGGGUAUCUCGGAAAUGACCCACAACGGACUCGAAUCACUUCAAUGUGAAUAUGUCGUCCCAGACAAUGACACACCACAACUCACUCGCUGGUCAGACACCCAUAUCGGCCGCCCAGCUCUUAUAGUCAUUCCAAAGACUGAGAAAGACGUUCAGGCUGCUAUAAAUCUUGCGAAAGAGAAUGAGCUUACGAUCGUUGCUGCUGGCGGAGGCCAUGGCACGUUUGUGAGCGUGGACUUAGCAGCUUUAUACCUCGACAUGAAGCUCUUCAAGAAGAUUGAACUGAACAAGGACCAAGGAACUGUGAAAGUUGGCGGCGGAGUUCUCGUCGGAGAGGUAUUGAAGGCCUUGGCAGAUGAGGGCUACUACACUCCCAUUCCCAACUCUGAUGCUGUUGGCUUUGUGGGAAGUAUGCUUGGAGGUGGAAACAGCGCUCAGAUUGGCCUUCAUGGAUGGAUGGUCGACACCAUGGUUUCCUUCCGCCUUCUAACUGCUUCAGGCGACAUUGUCGAAGUCAAUUCUUUGUCAAAGGACAAGGAGCAAGCUCUCUUCAAUGUUCUCUGCGGCGCGGGUCAUGGACUCGGUGUCAUCACAGAGCUGACAGUUUCCGCCUUCCCUCUGUCAAGUCUCAACAUGGAGGACAACAAGAUCUGGACACGGUCGCUCAUCUUUCCUGCUCCAGCACUAAACGUCGCUAUCAAGACCUUUCUAGAUUUGAGCCACCCUCCAGCAGAGGGAUACAUGAGCUUGGCGUUUGCACGAAGUCCUCCCGGUACUCCGGCAGCUGGAUCUCCAAUUGUCAUUCUAGGAUACCAAUUCUUUGGUCCUGCUGAGCAGGCCGAGAAAGCAACGGCGUUGCUCUUCCAGGAAGAUAUUGUCAGCAAGACCGUCAUGACAAACACGGAAUUACUGCCUUUCGAGAACGUCAAUUCCAAGAUGAACAUAUACAACUCUCACGGCGGACAUAAAACUAUAGCAUCCUGCCGUCUUCACAAAACCACCGCCGAAGCCAUAAAAGCCGGCUUCGACAAAUGGCGCACCGCAACGGAGGCCUAUCCUGAUGCUCAACAAUCAGGUCUUAUAAUCUCAGCUUACAACAUUGACAAGACUUCAGCGAUCAAGAGUGAGAAGUUCGUGGAGGGCAGGGACAGAAACAUCAAUGCGUUUAUGGUGAUGGUGGCCAAGGAGGACAAGACGAGGGAUGCCUUUGAGCCAAUCCUGGAUGAUGUUGUUGCAGGUUUUAGAAAAAGUGAUGAGGGAAUGGCGCCGAGGAGUUUUCCGAAUAAUUUGAGGCCUGGGAAGGAUUUGAGUGACAUGUAUGAUACGGAGAGGUUGGACGCUUUGAGGGGUGUUAAGAAGACUUGGGAUGCUGAUGGGGUAUUUUGGUCGCCUUACAUUAAGCCCGUUUAA